UGAUAAUACCGCAAUUAAAUAAUGUGGCCUCUGAUUAGUGAAACUGACAACUGUAAUAAUAUGAAAAGUCAGUUGGUUCAAAAUUUAGACUUGUGUUUUGGCUCCCAAUUUCCUAAUCCCUUACAUUUUUGAAUAAAUACAUCAUACAUACAUGACAUGUAAAUAAUUAUCUAUUAUUUAGUUUCCGUAGUUUUUGAUAAUUAAUUGAGUCAUUGGAUAUUAAACAUACUGCAAAGACAUGAGUUUUAACGGCUAUAAGGAUAUUAUUGAAGAAGAUGAUACCGUCAUAUUAUACAUCAAUCCUCAAAACAUGUAUGCCAUACGAGUCCAAUCAACAAUUGAAAAUCGUAAAGGCGAAAAAGUGGAAAACGUCAUGCAAACUAAGUAUGGGGCAUUAAAAAUAUCAACACUAUUUGGAAAACGAUUUGGAUCAAAAGUAAAUUUAUCUCAUGGUUGGGCUUAUGUGUUGUAUCCAACUCCUGAAUUGUGGACACAAACAUUACCUCACAGAACACAAAUAAUUUAUACUCCAGAUAUUAGUCUUAUUAUGUUUAUGUUAGAACUGAAACCUGGAAGCAUUGUGAUAGAAUCAGGUACUGGUAGUGGGUCAUUAACUCAUGCCAUGGCCUUAAGAGUAAAACCUUUUGGUCAUGUAUAUACUUACGAUUUUCAUGAACAGAGAGCAGAGCAGGCACAAAAAGAAUUUAAAACCCAUGGAUUAUCUGAUAUUGUAACUUGUCAGUGCAGAGAUGUUUGCGAAAAUGGUUUUUGUGAUAACAUCACAGGAAAAGCGGAUGCAGUAUUUUUAGAUUUACCUCAUCCUCACUUAGUUAUUCCAUUUGCAACAAAAGCAUUAAAAUCUUCAGGUGGUAGAAUAUGUACGUUUUCGCCAUGCAUAGAACAGGUGAUGCGAACGUGCCAAGUUCUGAAAGACUGCGGAUUCAUCCACCUCAAGACCAUCGAGUGUCUGGAGAAAGAGCACCAGGUAUUGAAUAGGACAGUGAUCGUGCCCGGGCUGCUUUCCAAUCAGCCGGCCGGCGGGGAUCAGAACGGCAGUGUGGAAAAGAAAUUUGUGGCGUGCGUGCCGGAUCCGUCUCCUCGAGGCCACACGGGGUACAUCACUUCGGCGACUUAUGUGGGAGAUCAACCCCAACCUGAACCGCAACAAGAUCAAGACGACAGUUGAUGACAAAACCCGACUUUUAAGCGAUCGUCUUAUACAUGUUAUCUCGAUGGAACAAUAUUGUUUUUAUAUAAGUACUUUUUUUUACCAUUCGAUUCUGUGACCUUUUCAUUGUACCGGCGCUAUAAAAUAAAGAAAAAUGCGUAUA